UCAAGGGUGGUAGCCACUGCCUGAACCCCUGGCCCCUUCCCAUGGCAAGAGAGACCUUCCCUUUUACCUCCUCCACAUUGCACUCUCUCUGCCUGCAGCGAGAGUGGGUGGAAUGGAAGGACCGGCGGCGUGCUGCUGCCCAGCAGAGCCGAAGCCACAGGUGCCCCUUAAGUGUCCAGGCCCGACUCAUCAGGCCUUGCCGCACCUGCCAAGACUCAGCUGUCCACAAUGCCCUAUUCUCUGGUGACCUACAAUAGGUCCAAGCCCUGUUCCCAGAUGAAGAGGCUGCCAACAUGAUUGUGGAGAUGGUGAGCAACCAUCUGGCCUGGUCGGCUGAACAGGGAUUCUGGGUGCUGACCCCCAAGACCAAGAAGACGGCACCUCUCACCAUUGUUGCAGCCUGAGGCUACACAGACUGUGAACAUCACUUGAUCCUACAGGGAGCUGAGCUAGACGCCCGGGUUGGGGGCCAAGCUGCCUUGCACGAGACCUGUGCCCAGGCCCAGCCUGACUGUGUGCAGCUGCUGCUAACCUUCGGUGCCAAGGCUAAUGUGCUGUCUGAGGAGGGCACGACCCCCUUGCACCUCUGCACGACCCCUGAGUCCUUGCGGUGUGCCAAGUUGCUGCUGGAGGCUGGAGGGAAGGUGAACCUGGCGGAAAGCGAGAGAGAGGUGACGCCUCUCCAUGUGGCUGCGGCGCGUGGCCUGGACAAACAUGUGGCUCUCUACCUGGAACAUGGGGCUGACGUAGGCCUGCGCACCAGCCAGGGUGAGACGGCGCUGAACGCAGCUUGUGCAGGGGCCGAGGGCCUGGGUGAAGGCGGGCAGCACGAGGCCGCAGCACGUCUGCUCCUGAAGGCUGGAGCUGAUGCCCGGGCAGCUGGGCGCAAGCGCCAUACGCCGCUGCACAACGCCUGUGUCAAUGGCCGCGGGGGCCUGGUUGAGCUGCUACUGAGCCAUGGGGCCUGUGCCAGGGUCCGCAACAGGACGGGCCACACACCCAUAGACUGUGCUCUGCAGGCCGUCCACGACAACCCCAACUGGGAGCCUAAGGUCCUCUUCGCAGCACUGCUGGAUUACGGGGCCCAGCCUAUGCGUCCUGAGAUGCUGAAACACUGUGCCAACUUCCCUCGGGCCCUGGAAGUCCUGCUUAAUGCCUAUCUUUGUGUUCCAUCUUGUGAUACCUGGGUGGAGACAGUGCUUCCAGAGCUGUGGCAGGAGCACAGUGCCUUCUACAGCUCGGCCCUGCACAUGGUAAACCAGCCAAGGCGACUGCAGCACCUGGCCAGAGUGGCUGUGCGUGCUCAUUUGGGUGGCCACUGCCGGCAGGCUGCUGCCUGGCUCCCGCUGCCUCCAAUCCUCAGGGACUACCUACUGCUGCGCAUGGAGGGACUCAUCCAGAGAGCCCCAUGCCAGGCUGCACCCACAGCUCGCCAUGCCUCCUCCAUAGGUCCCGGCCCCUAGCCCUAAGGACCAGUCCCUGGCCCUUUUCUCUGUACUCCACAUGCCCUCUGGCCCAGCUCAUGCCUCCACUGGCUUCUUGAGCCACCUGCUAACCUCUUGCUGGACCUGAGCUUCAGACCCUUUCUCCAGUGGAAAGGUCUGUAGCUCAGCCUGUUCCCAAACUCAGCCUUUGCCCACUUCCUCCUGUGCUUAAGUGGACAGCACCUCUGUCCACCCAGGCCCAAGCCAGGAGCUGAUGAUGAUCCUUAUCACCUCCAUCCCCUGCCCCCAUAUCCCUGUUCAGCCUCCUAAACAAUAACAGACUGCCUGCACUGCCUUGCACGUCCAUGAAGGUCUUGAAACCCAUGCCCUGAAUGGAUGCUAGAAUGAUCCUUGAGAAUCACCACCCUGAUCAUUCCCUUCAUUGGAUUCUUUCUACCUUCAAGCUAAAAUCAAAACUCAAUAAAACAAAGCAUCUAGACUAGGGUCUCUGCCAAGUUCUCUGGCUUCCUGACCUCCCUCUCCCUUCCGAGGUUCCUGCAAUCCAACUUUAGUAAACUAGUUGCCAGUUGCUGGAUAUGAUUUGCUCUUCUUUGCUUAUAGGUGUUUGCCUGCCUUUUCCCCAUUGCUUGGCAUAUUCUUCCACAUACUUUGGCCAGGUGAAAGCUGAUUUGCCCUUCUGGUCUCAGUUCAUAUAGCACUCUCUCUGCAGUGCCUUCCCUGGUGCUGUAAUUACUUAACUGUAUUCCUGGAACAAGCUUUUCAGUAAGUGAUUGGUGUGGGAGGAGUAUGCAUGAGGCCUGGGCUUCCUCAGGUGUGUUCUCCCCACCUCCAAGUGAUGCACUGUGACUUUGUGUGUAUGUGUGUGACACUCUUACUCUUUUGUCCUGGGUAGAGUGCUGUGGUGUCAUCAUAGCUCACAGUAACCUGAAACUCUUGGGCUCAAGCAAUCCUCCUGCCUCAGCCUCCCAAAUAGUUGGGACUACAGGCAUGCACCCCAGCUAGUUUUUCUAUUUUUUGGUUGCAGCCAUCAUUGUUGUUUUGGCAGGCCCGGGCUGGAUUCAAACCCGCCAGCUCAGGUGUAUGUGGCUGGCGCCUUAGCCACUUGAGCCACAGGCGCCAAGCCUAGUUUUUCUAUUUUUAGUAGAAAUGGG